CGGGCCGCCGAGCCGGCAGCUGCCGCGCAUAAAAGUCAUGGCGCUGGGGGGCCGGCGGGAGCGCCAUGAAGGCGGGCGGCGGGGCCGCAUCCGACCCGGAGAGCGGCAGCAGCAGCAGCGGCGAGAGCAGCUCAGCUAAGUCCCUGCCCCCCGCCGGGGCCCCGGGCAAGCGCAAGCGGAAGAGCCCCCGGCUGAGCGGGCUGAGCAAGCAGCGGCAGGCGGCCAACGCCCGCGAGAGGGACCGGACCCACAGCGUCAACUCCGCCUUCAGCGCGCUCCGCACGCUCAUCCCCACCGAGCCCGCCGACCGCAAGCUCUCCAAGAUCGAGACGCUGCGCCUGGCCGCCAGCUACAUCGCGCACCUGGCCAACGUGCUGCUGCUGCAGCAGGGCGAGGGGGCGGAGCAGCCGUGCCUGCAGUACCAGCCCCGCCUGCAGGGCGGCAGCACCGCGGCGGCGCCCCGGCCCAUCUGCACCUUCUGCCUCAGUAACCAGAGGAAGCUGAACAGAGAAGGGGAGAAACACUUGUCUAUUUAAAGUUUAAGUGGACGUUGAAUCAGAUGAGAAUCUUGCACUGACUGUAGAACUGUUUUAGAUAAAUUCUCUUUAUUCACAAUGUUUACACUGAACUUAUGCAACUGUAAAAACUUUUUAAACUAUAAAAAACUCACUGCUAUCCACUUUGUUUUACAUUGUGACAGGUUGAUUCAGGGUGUUUUGCCAAUGAAACUGAACACUGUGGGGAGAGUUGCACCUGGUGUGGCUGCUAUUUUAAUGCAAGAAAUGUUAACCUAAGCAGCCAAGCCCUGAUCUUGAUGGCUCCUCAAUUUAUGUCACAUGAUGAAACUUGAGCUUUGAAACCACACAGCAUCUCCUGUCAAUGGAAGCUGUCAUAAAGGCACAGAGGAUGGCAUGUUAACCAAUAUUGGGCUGUAUAGUUGUACACUCGUGUGAGAGAAAGUGGCAGCUGACAUGUUGCAGGUCUUUGAAAUUACACUGAGAUUAUUUUAAAGGUGCUCACCCAAAAGCCAAGAUACAAUUAAAAGUGAUGUGUGCCUAGCUGUAGGGUGAGCUGCAGUGCAACAGAAUGCCUCAAAAGACAGCCAAGAUGGGAGGAGGUCACUAUCCCAGUCGGUACUCAGGAUAGCUGAGAAUUGCUGUGCAAGGGAUGUUUUUUUCAUAAUACACAGCCUGUGCUGUGCCAGUCCUCUAAAUAGUGUAGGAUCUUUCUAAAUUUGUUCUUGUUAAGCACAGAAUAGGGAGGGUUGCCCCCCAGCUCUCUAAAUUUAUCCAUCAGCUAGGUUAUUCCCAAGUUGUGCCUUUACAUCACUGAUGUCGUUUAUCACUGUUUAAGUUUACAAGUUCAUAAACUAUUUGAAAUGGAGUCUAAAAAGUACAGCUCUGUCAUGGUUCCCAAUUUGGGUACAAUGAGAACUGAAAAAGCAGCUAAAAUAUUAAAUCCCCAUAUCCAGGUCAAUUUACAGUGGAUGGUUUAGAAAAUGGUAAGUUUUACCCACUUUUUGAAUUUGGAUACAAGUUUUAGCUCCCAGUCUCUGUGAGACUUAAGCUUUUUUUUUUUUUUUUUUUUUUUUUUUUAAAUCAACAUAGCUAGUGAAGCACAGAAUAAUCCCAAGGAGUCAGGGUUAAGUCCCUAAAUAAGCUUCUCCUGGCCACCUAAACAUUGUAUGUACCUUAAAAAUAUCAGCUGUGUAUUAUAUACUUCCCCUAUGGUAUUUAAAAGCAAUAGAAGGAGUUGCUGCUUUUUGGGAUAGCAGUAAUUUAUGCCAUCCUGAGAGAGGCUUAUGCUGCACAGAGUAGUUGUCUUACCACCACUACCAGGUCACUUCCCCUGGUUGGCUAUACCCUCUUGUAGCACUCUGCUGUCAUAUCAAAGCCAAUGUGGUGGGAUCAGGAAAGGUAGACUUUCCUUCACUUCGCUCCCCACCCACCACAUACAGAACAAAUUCUGCAGAUUUUUCCAGUAGACACACCAAAAAACAUAUAGAAGACCUCAUUAAUUGGGUCUUGGAACUUUGAAUUCCUGAUGCUCCCCCCGCCGCCCAAGCCAUUUUGCAGUGCCACUUUAAGACACAUUCUGUUAUACCUACAUGAGCUGUAGGAAAUUUCUCCUCGAAGAGGCUGAUCCUACAAAAUACUGAUUCCAAUGGGACUGUUCAUAUUCUUCAAGUUGCACACAUCCUUCAGUGCUUUCUGGAGUGAGGUCUGAAUUUCCUACUUUUUCUUUGCUGUUAUCUUUACUGCAUCCUUUGCACUCUUUCAGUGUAGUGAUUCAAACCACUGUCAGAUUAACUUUUUUGUUUUGGCGUUGAUCAAUGUUUUCUGUAAAAUGGGAUUUAUUCACAUUUAACUACAUUUUUUAUUUUUGAGUGCAGAUUUCUGCAGAUAAGCCCUCCAAAGUUUUGCUGCUUUUAAAGUGGUUUUAUAAUGGCUUAAACUGGAUGUGUAAAUUUUUUUAAAAUUUACAUUUUUAUAGCUUUGAAAGCAGAUCUCUAUUUUAGAUUGCACUGUAGAUUAUCUUGAAACAUGAUUAAACUAUAUCAAAUGUUAGUUUCUUUAACAGGAACAAACAGAUUCACUUAUGUAACAGUUGUAUCUUCCAUUAGGAUUCUGUAAGUGAUAAAAUGUUUAAAAAACUGCUAUUUCAAAUACUUUUUUUAAAUGUUUGUUUUAUAUUACAAAUAUUCUCUAAUUGUGGAGAUUCGUAAAGAAGUUGAACAAAAUAGUAAUUUUGGACUUUCAUAAACAUCUUAGCUAAUGUUCAUUUAAUUUUUUAAUAGAAUCUCCUGGCAAAUGUAGCAUAUUUACAUUUAGUAUGAUUGCAUUUUAAAGUUUUUAAAGGCAAUCAACAUUGAAAGUUGUGGUCCACUAUUUUUAAUGUAGUGUUAAAGCUUAUUACUUGAAGAAACUCAUGAACAAGUGAUUUCCACAGUGCUACAGUAUUUUUUAAAAUGGGAUCCCACAUCUAUGGUAUUUAUGUGCUAUGUGUCAAACUUACACAGGAUGGUUUUGCUCCUGCUUCCAUUUAAGUAGAUGACAAAAUGGGAGCACUCUGCUUUUAAAAAAAAAAAGGGGGGGGAGCGGGGGAGAGAGAGAGACAUACUCCACACUGAAUAUGACUUAAUGUGGCGUUAAAUAUACUACAGUCCUUACUCAUUAAAACUGUUCACUUCAAGAGGACAGGGCCCAUUGUUUCAAUUAUUAAUUAUUAAUUACUUUGUAACACACAGGUUCCAGUCUGACUCGCAGUGCAUUAGACUCUGUGUUAAAUGCAUAAAAACAGUACCUGCCGUCUAGAGCCUGUGUUGGUACGAUCUCAGACACAGGCCCUAAUUCUGCAGACAGGUGUGAAUAACUUUAUGCAUGUGAGUACCAUUGAACUCAGUGGGGCAGAUGCUCAGUAGGUCUGAACUGUCAUAGCUCCAUUAAAGUUCUUUGACAAUGUGUUAACUGAGGAUCUUCCCCAGUCUCUCUACUCACAUGCAUAUGUAUGAAGACUGAGUUAUUGAUAAAUGGGUGCGCCUAUCAGCGUGAAAGAUUUGGAUUGUGGGCAACAUAAUGACACUUAGUUUUCAAGAGAUGUGAUGAAUUUAACAGUCACAACUGAGGAAUGAAAGACUACAUUUAUUAGGAUACUCACUAUCCUAUGCUUUCCUGUAUUUACUCCAUGUGAACUUCUCUGUGUGCCUUAUCAAUUCUGUUCAAGUCAGUUAUACAUUGUAGCAUGCACAGACUUGGAUGUCUAAAACUGAAUACUUAAACUCACUUUUAGACACCCAAAUAAAAUGAUUUUUCCCCCAAGAGGUGCUGAACACCCUUCACUCCCAUUGAAAAUAUUGAUUUUUCUACAUAUAAUUAUGAACAAUAUUCUCAAAUAUAUAAGUGUACCUGAUUUCAACCCCUAUCACUCUCUUCCCUUUGUAGACUUGGCUUCAAGUUUAGUUACAUCUGUUUUAUCCAAAGGCUCACUGGUAAGACACAGAAGCUGGUCUCAGUCAGAUUUUAUUAAAUGAUCGUUUUAAAGAUUAAAUCCCCAUACUCCACAUCAUCAUAGCCACUGAAUCUGUUGCAAACGUACAAAAAAUGCCCACAAAAGGACAAAUCAUAAUACGAUUUGACUAGAUUUAUUAAACAAGUAUCUAAACAUACUAUUUGAUUACUUAUAAACGAAUCAGAAUGUAUGUCUGAAUGUUCUUUAAGUAUUUAGUAUAUUUUAAAGUAAUUGUUCUUCAAGCAGAAGUGUUUCCUUUCUAAUGUCUACUUGGAAAAAAAAAUCUAGCUCCUGUAUAAAAUCUAAAUUUGUUUGCAAAAAUGUGCUAUUUUGCUAAAAUAAACUAUUUUUAUAACUUCUAUAAACAAUAAAAUGUUAAAGUUCUGGA